AGCAGGAAUCGGGAUCCACCUGCGGGAGGCGCCGCUCCGCCCCGCUCCCAUCGCUGCGGAGAAGGAGCUCCCGUCCCUUCCCAGCCCAGCGGAGGCAGGAGGAGGGAUGGGAGCGGUCCCUCCACCUGCGUGACGGCUCCCGGAGACGCCGCUGCCGCGGGGAGCUGACCUACAUCGCACAAUCCCUUCUGCAAAGGACCCCUUUCGCCUCCUGCUCCGACCGAAGUCCGAGAGGUUGGCCAGCAUCCAGAAUGGCAGGCUUGUCCACUUUAAUCCUCCUCUUGUGUGCUGCUAGAUAUGUGAUGAGCUCCAGUUCUCACUGGAAGCCAACUUGGCCAUCAUACAGAGUUCCAGUUAUCCUGCCACAGUCUACCCUUAACUUGGACAAACCACAGUUUGAUGCUGAAGCCAGACUGGAAGUGGUGUCUCCCUGUGGUCCAGCAUGCCACAAAAGUUCUCCACUGCCAACUUAUGAAGAAGUGAAGCACUACCUGUCCUAUGAAACCUUGUAUGCUAAUGGUAGCCUCACUGAAACUGAAGUGGGCAUAUAUAUUCUGAGCAAUGGCGGUGAUGGGUCUCAAGGCAAAUCUCGAACUAAGAGGCAGAUCUAUGGCUAUGACAGCAGGUUUAGCAUUUUUGGAAAAGACUUCUUGUUGAAUUACCCGUUCUCCACAUCGGUGAAGCUAUCAACAGGUUGCACGGGGACGCUAGUGGCUGAAAAGCAUGUUCUUACUGCUGCUCAUUGUAUCCAUGAUGGCAAGAGUUAUGUCAAAGGAGCUCAGAAACUGCGGGUAGGGUUCCUAAAGCCCAAACUGAAAGAUGGCAGCAAAGGGGCCAAUAUCACCAACUCAGUGAUGCCUGAGAAAAUGAAAUUCCAGUGGAUCCGAGUAAAACGGACACAUGUCCCCAAAGGAUGGAUCAAAGGCAAUGCCAAUGACAUUGGUAUGGAUUAUGACUAUGCGCUGCUGGAGCUCAAGAAGCCUCAUAAAAGAAAGUUUAUGAAGAUAGGUGUAAGCCCACCGGCAAGACACUUGCCUGGAGGGAGGAUUCACUUUUCUGGCUAUGAUAAUGAUCGUCCAGGAAACCUGGUUUACCGUUUCUGUGAUGUCAAAGAUGAAACGUAUGACCUGUUGUACCAGCAGUGUGAUGCCCAGCCAGGUGCAAGUGGAUCUGGAGUGUAUGUGAGGAUGUGGAAGAGGCAGAAUCACAAAUGGGAGCGUAAAAUUAUUGGAAUAUUUUCAGGCCAUCAGUGGGUGGACAUGAAUGGCACCCCACAGGAUUUCAAUGUAGCUGUUCGCAUCACACCCCUCAAAUACGCACAGAUCUGUUACUGGAUAAAAGGCAACUACCUUGACUGCAGGGAAGGAUAAAGAC